AUGGUAGAAAUGUAUAACUUGUUCCUUUCAUUAUGUUUGGUUUCCAUGAUACCAAUCUUGAAAGCUAAUAUCUUAGAGAAUACAACAUACCUGAAUGAUUUUGAUGAGGAAUAUUGGAAGGAAAGAGCAGCAAUUGCUGAAAAAGAUAACAGAGAAGCAUAUUUCUUAAAUCCAUACGACAUUUCUGGGAACUUCAGUUCUACUGUUUUAGAAGACAAGCAUGGCAGAAGAAGCUUGAAGGGUAAAAAUGCAAGAGUUCCAUGCAUGGCAACAAACAACAUUGAUAGAUGUUGGAGGUGUGAUCCUAAUUGGGCAAAGUAUCGUCAAAAGCUUGCAAAUUGUGUUCAAGGUUUUGGAAAAAACACAAUUGGUGGAAAAAACGGUCCAAUUUAUAUAGUUACUGAUUCUUCAGACAACGACAUGGUUAAUCCAAAACCAGGUACUCUUCGCCAUGCAGUCACAAGAACAGGGCCAUUAUGGAUUAUCUUUGCACGUAGCAUGUUUAUUAGACUCAACCAAGAACUCAUAAUGACUAGUGACAAAACUAUUGAUGGAAGAGGAGUUGAUGUUCACAUUACUAGAGGUGCAGGAAUCACCAUUCAGAACAUUAAAAAUGUGAUUAUUCAUGGAAUUAAGAUUUAUAAUAUUGUUCCUGGUACCGGUGGACUUAUCAGAGAUUCUGAGACUCAUUUUGGUCAAAGGUUAAGCACAGAAGGUGAUGGAAUCUCUAUUUUUGGCUCUAGCAAUAUUUGGAUAGACCAUGUUUCUAUGAGAAAAUGUGCAGAUGGUCUCAUUGAUGCCAUUAUGGGAUCUACAGCUAUUACCAUUUCUAAUAGUCAUUUCACAGAUCAAAAUCACGUUAUCCUGUUUGGUGGGAGGGAAGAGCACACAAUUGAUAAGAUGAUGCAAGUGACUGUAGCUUUCAAUCAUUUUGGGAAGAGAUUGCUGCAAAGAAUGCCAAGGUGCAGAUUUGGGUUUUUCCAUAUUGCUAACAAUGAUUAUACUCAUUGGCAAAUGUAUGCCAUUGGUGGUAACAAGAAUCCAACUAUUAUUAGUGAGGGCAAUCGAUUUUGGGCUCCGGAUAAUAUUCAUGCUAAAGAGGUAACAAAGAGAGUGGACGCAAAUAUUGGAGAAUGGAAAUCAUGGCAAUGGAGAUCAAUAAAUGAUGAGUUAUUGAAUGGAGCAUUUUUCGUACAAUCGGGAUCUGAGUUGGUAAAUUGGUCAAACAAAAAUAAGAUUGCAUCAAAACCUGGAAAAUAUGUCGCACAACUUACUCGCUUUGCUGGCACCCUUAGAUGUAGAGUUGGUAAACCUUGUUAG